AUGGAGGCUGGGAAGCGCAGCUCCUCCGCCGGCAGCCGGGACGAUGGCAGCGCUAACUCCUUCCCAGCCAAGCCGGCGGCCUCGGCGGAGAAAGCCCAGAGCAGCCCAGGCAGCGGCGGCGUAAAGGAGCAUGGCAACUCCGUGUGCUUCAAAGUGGACGGCGGCGGGGCCGAGGAGCCCGUGGUGGGCUUCGAGGAUGCCGAGGGACCCCGGCGGCAGUACGGCUUCAUGCAGCGGCAGUUCACCUCCAUGCUGCAGCCGGGGGUCAACAAAUUCUCCCUCCGCAUGUUCGGCAGCCAGAAGGCGGUGGAGAAGGAGCAGGAAAGGGUUAAAACUGCGGGGUUCUGGAUCAUCCACCCCUACAGCGACUUCAGGUUUUACUGGGACUUAAUCAUGCUCAUAAUGAUGGUUGGAAACCUUGUCAUUAUACCAGUCGGAAUCACAUUCUUCACAGAACAAACAACGACACCAUGGAUUAUUUUCAAUGUGGCAUCAGACACUGUUUUUCUAUUGGACUUGAUCAUGAAUUUUAGAACUGGGACUGUAAACGAGGACAGCUCUGAAAUAAUACUGGACCCUAAAAUCAUUAAGAUGAAUUACUUAAAAAGCUGGUUUGUGGUUGACUUCAUCUCAUCAAUACCAGUGGAUUAUAUCUUUCUCAUUGUAGAAAAAGGAAUGGAUUCAGAGGUUUACAAGACAGCAAGAGCCCUUCGUAUUGUGAGAUUUACAAAAAUCCUCAGCCUGUUACGUUUAUUGCGUCUUUCAAGAUUGAUUAGAUACAUACACCAGUGGGAAGAGAUUUUCCACAUGACAUACGAUCUGGCCAGUGCAGUGGUGAGAAUCUUUAAUCUGAUUGGAAUGAUGCUCCUGCUGUGCCACUGGGAUGGUUGUCUACAGUUUCUAGUACCAUUACUCCAGGAUUUCCCACCAGAUUGCUGGGUGUCCCUAAACGGUAUGGUUAACGAUUCCUGGGGAAAGCAGUACUCAUAUGCACUCUUCAAAGCCAUGAGCCAUAUGCUCUGCAUUGGGUACGGAGCCCGCGCCCCCGUCAGCAUGUCGGACCUGUGGAUAACGAUGCUGAGCAUGAUUGUGGGGGCUACCUGUUAUGCCAUGUUUGUUGGUCAUGCCACUGCCCUCAUUCAGUCCCUGGAUUCAUCGCGACGGCAGUAUCAAGAAAAGUACAAACAAGUGGAACAGUACAUGUCAUUCCACAAGUUACCAGCUGAAAUGCGCCAGAAGAUCCAUGAUUAUUAUGAGCAUCGCUACCAAGGCAAGAUCUUUGAUGAAGAAAAUAUUUUGAAUGAGCUCAAUGAUCCUCUCAGGGAGGAGAUUGUCAACUUCAACUGUCGGAAGCUGGUGGCUACAAUGCCUCUUUUUGCAAAUGCAGACCCAAAUUUUGUGACUGCCAUGCUAAGCAAACUGAGAUUUGAGGUGUUCCAACCUGGAGAUUAUAUUAUCCGAGAAGGGGCUGUGGGUAAGAAGAUGUAUUUCAUUCAACAUGGUGUUGCUGGUGUCAUCACCAAGUCCAACAAGGAGCUGAAGCUGACAGAUGGCUCUUACUUUGGAGAGAUCUGCCUUUUGACCAAGGGCCGUCGAACUGCCAGUGUACGAGCAGACACGUACUGUCGCCUGUACUCCCUCUCAGUGGACAACUUCAACGAGGUCCUGGAAGAGUACCCCAUGAUGAGAAGAGCCUUUGAAACGGUGGCAAUCGAUAGACUUGACAGGAUAGGUAAGAAGAACUCGAUCCUGCUGCAGAAGUUCCAGAAGGACCUCAACACCGGCGUUUUCAACAACCAAGAGAACGAGAUCUUGAAGCAGAUCGUGAAGCACGACAGGGAGAUGGUGCAGACCAUCGCCCCGGUGAGCCUGCAGCAGAUGCCAGCCCUCAAUUCCAGCACCUCGGCCUCGUCGUCCCGCGGCAGGACGCAGUCCCCUCCCGUGUACACCAGCAGCAGCCUCUCUCACACCAACCUGCACUCGCCCUCGCCCAGCACGCAGCCGCCCCAGCAGGCUGUCAUCCUGUCGCCCUGCUCCUACACCACGGCCGUCUGCAGCCCGCCGGUACAGAGCCCGCUGGCCGGCCGAACUUUCCAGUACGCCUCUCCGACCGCCUCGCAGCUCUCCCUCAUGCAGCAGCAGCAGCAGCAGCAGCAGCCGCAGGCGGCGCAGCAGCCGCCGGGAGCCCCGCAGAAGAACGAAGUUCACAAGAGCACCCAGGCCCUCCACAACACCAACCUGACGCGGGAGGUGCGGCCGCUCUCCGCCUCGCAGCCCUCCCUGCCCCACGAGAUCUCCACCCUGAUCGCCAGGCCUCACCCCACCGUGGGGGAGUCCCUCGCGUCCCUCCCGCAGCCCGCCCCGGGCCCCGGCGUGCCCCCGGCCGGCCGGGCCUCCGUGCCCCAGCGGGUCUCGCUGUUCCGGCAGAUGUCCUCGGGAGCCAUCCCCCCGAACCGCGGGGCCGCGCCGCCCGCGGCGCCGCUGCAAAGGGAUUCUUCCACAGUCUUAAGCACAGAGCCCGAGGGAGACAAACCGCGGUUCGCCUCAAACUUAUGA